UAGGCGAUGAUGGUAGUCUCAAUAAUCGCUGACUUGGUGGACGACGUGGGUGAGUGAUCGAUCUGAUUGUGGCAUGGCGCGGAACUGGAGCUGGGUACGAACUGCGUCGGGAAGUCAACUUUAGGUUUGCGCUCGCUGCUACCUCAUUCCUAUUGUAUGAUACUCUGUUGAACAUCGGUCAAGAGGUAUGGUUCAAUUGCUGCUGCUGCCAUUAGCUGAACGCAUACCGCUGAUCAACGUUGAUCGCCAGGUCGAUUGUAUUUGGUGUGGUAGACAGCCAUGGCUGAAGUUCGUUUAUGCCCUGAUUCGCCACCUGCCUUAUCUCGCUCAAUUGACCGUGGCAGUGUUCUACUUCAUGAACAAAGAGCAGCGUGGCCAUCUUUGUUACGAUCUAGUAGCACUCCAGGCGUGCAUUAACGCAUUCUUGACUAUCAUGGUUGAAUCUGUUCUCGUCAUGCGCGCAUACGCACUGUUCAACCGCAGCCCAAUUUUUAUCAAGACGAUCGUGCUGCUGUUCAUCAUGGAAGUUGCAGCGAUCAUCAUCGUCAUAUGUUUGGGGAUCCGCAAGCUAGACUACAACCAAUCAUGCUUGGUCACGAGCCUCCCACCUAUGCUGGCUCUGUACUGGCUGUUACCGCUAGCGUUCGAGACGCUGCUCUUCGCGCUCACUCUGAUCAAAAUGUUUAUAACCAUGAGGAGUUACCUCGGCCGCCAUCUGGUGUUCUCCGUAGUAUUGCGUGAUGCAAUAUGCGCAUUUGGCGUAGUCUUCGCUAUAAGACUGCUGAACACACUGUUCUACGAGCUUGUCAAAAGUCCCUUGGCUGGGUUGUUUUUCUUUUGGGAAAUCUCAAUAAUGUCAUCCACUGGAUCGCAUAUGCUCCUCAAUAUCCGGAGUCUCGCUGCACAUGCCGACUCAUCGUCUGAUGAAGACUAUGGCCUGAACUUAUCAACCGAGGAGCCGGAUACCGUGGAGCUGACGACAAACGUUGCGAUCUGUUCCGAGCAAGCUGGUAGUCUCAAUGUGUAGAUAAGGGAUUCUCAUGGUUAUCUGGCUGAAUCGUCAGGGGCCCCUUGAUACUACGAGGACGGACUUGGAUCUGCGGCUACCGAUGUCUCCUGAACUUUUCGGCUCGCCAGAAAAGCGAGUCCCAUCCGAUGUUAUAAGCCGGUCACAAAUUGUGCUUUACAAUUUGAAUAGCCACUUUAUUAGGCCCGCAGCGGCUCUCACGCUAACGU